AUGGGCAACUGCUUGCCGAGCUUGUCUCAUGAGCCCAGGAGACGUAAGAGCAAGAACAGACCUCACGGUGCCGUGGCUCCACUACACCACCGUGCGGAUGAACCUGAGAAAGGAGGUCAGCCACAAGCAGAGGACGACGGCAACAAGGUCGGUGCGAGGGUGAAGGUGGUGAUGACGAAGGAGGCGGCGGCCGUGCUGCUAUCCAUGCUCGCCGGCAGCAAUGGGAGAAAGGUGGAAAGCAUGCUGCGGGAACUGAAAGAAGAGAAAGGCCGCAGCUUCAGCUCGGCAAAGCCUGCGUCUGGCGGGGACCUUUGGAGACCCACUCUCGAGAGCAUACCGGAGAAUUAA